AUGGCUGAUUACGAUAAAAUUUAAUACACUCAAACUACUGCUAAACAAAAUUCUAUUGAUAUUGUCUUCAAAAAUAUAGAAUAUUCAGUAAGAGAGAAGAAAGGGUAAAAAUAAAUCUUAAAAGGAUUGAGUGGAAUAUGCAAAAGUGGAUAAAUAACUGCAAUAUUAGGUUCAUCUGGAGCAGGUAAAACUUCAUUACUAAAUAUUUUGUGCUAGAGAGUUAGAGCAAAUUAAAAUGUUUCUUUAAACGGUGAGAUUCUAGCUAACAAUAAACCUUACUCAUCUGAAGAGUUCACUCAGUUUGCUUCAUAUGUUAUGUAAGAUGAUAUAUUAUUGGAGACUAUGACCGUUAAGGAGUGCAUGUAGUUUGCUGCAAACUUAAAAAUAAAAAAGUCUAAUAUAGAAAAAUCUUAAAAAGUAGAAGAAGUCUUAAAAAGUCUCAAAUUAGAAAGAUGUUAAAACACACUAAUAGGAGGGCAUUUUGUCAAAGGUAUUUCUGGAGGAGAAAAAAAGAGAACAUCAAUUGGAUAUGAGCUAAUCAGCGAUCCUUCUUGUAUUUUCUUAGAUGAACCUACUUCUGGUUUAGAUAGCUUUACCGCUUAUAGCAUUAUAGAUUUGAUGAGAAGAUAUGCUCAAAAUAAAAACAAAACUGUAAUUUUCACUAUUCAUCAACCUUCUUCAGAUAUUUGGAAUAUGUUUGAUAGAAUUAUGCUCAUGGUAGAGGGAAGAUUUAUUUAUUAAGGCCCAGGUGGCAGUGAUAUAAUAAAUCACUUUGAAAGUAUUGGAUUUAAAUGUCCUUAGUUUUCUAAUCCAGCAGAUUAUUUGAUGUCGAUUAUGCAUUAAGAAAGUGAAACAAAUAGAUAAAACAAUUAAGUUUAUUUUUAAGGAUACGAUAAUCAGCUAAAGGCAGGAGUUUAAUGUGAAAUAGAUCAGUCCUAUUCAGGAGAAAUCCCAUAUAAACAAGUACACACAAGUGCAUUUUAUCAAAUUGGAUAAAUUGCUCUUAGAUAAAUCAGAAUAUUGAAAAGAAGUCCAAUUCUAUUUAAGGCUCGUUUCAUUCAAAGUAUUAUUCUUGCUGUGUUUUUGGGAAUAAUCUAUUGGUAAAUACCUGGUCCUCAUGAUAAUCCUACCUAGAGAGAUGUAAAUGAUAAAAAUGGUAUUUUGUUCUUUUGGGUAGUUUCAAUGUUUAUGAUGAGUCUUAAGCCUUGCAUCUUAGUUUUUCCAGCUGAAAGAGCAGUAUUUUUGAGAGAAGAAAAUGCUAAAUUAUAUUCAGUCACUCCCUACUUCUUUGGUAAAUUCAUUGUAGAUAUGUUCCCCUCUGCUAUCUUCCCUUUUAUUUCUUGUUUAAUUAUUUAUUGGAUGGUUGGAUUAAAUGAUGAUAAUGCUGGAAAAGUAUUUUUCUUUAUAUUGAUUUCAUGUUUCUCUGGCUUAACUGGUCUCUCAAUAGGCUAUCUUGGAGGAUCUGCUUUUAGCAGUGCCUAAACUGCUACAGCUAUUACUCCUUUACUUUUAAUGCCUUUUAUGCUAUUUGGUGGUUACUAUAAAAAUGCCUCUGAUUACGCAUCUUGGAUUAGCUGGUUCUAAUACAUAUGUCCUUUUAAAUAUUAGUUCAUGGCUUUAGUUGAUAAUGAAUAUACUUAUUCAGAUGGAGGAUACCCUUAAGAUCCUAUAAAAUAGCUAGAUCUUGAUUUAAAUAGAUGGGAGUCUUUUGGAUGUAUAGUAGGCUUAUUUGUAUUCUAUACUGCUUUUGCCUAUAUUUUUCUUUCAACCCUUAAAAAGAGAGUUUAAUGA